GAAAGAAAACCCUAAAAUUCUCACAGCCACAGGGGGGAGAGAGUACCAGCAGUUUGAUCAACGGCGAUUUUCGUACUGCCGAUGUCGUUGUCAACUAGAUCUUCCGUGGCCAUGAACGGCGAAGAGCCACCGAUUGAUAAGAAGAAGGAUACCUCUGAGGCGUACCCGAUUCUGCCACUUCCCGAUGAUUUGGUAUUGAGUUGUUUAGCACGCGUCUCUAGAUUGUAUUACCCAACUCUCUCACUCGUAUCCCAGAGUUUCCCCUCACUCCUUUCUUCACCGGAGCUUUACGAGACUAGAUCGCUCUUAGGCCGCACCGAGAGUUGUCUCUAUGUGUGCUUAAGGCUCCCUCCUGACUUUAAGACAACUUGGUUCACUCUCUGCCGGAGACCAGAUCACGCCCACAAGAAGAAGAAGAAGAAGAAGAAGAAGAAGAAUAAGAAGAAGAAGUCAAGUGAAAAUCUUUUAAUCCCAAUCCCAUCUCUGCAAUCUCAUCCUGUGAACUCGUCCGGUCUCUUGGCGGUUGGCUCUAGUAUCUACAACUUUGGCGGACAUAUCAACGAUGUGUCUUUGUCUACCGUCUCAAUUCUCGACUGCAAGUCUCAUACUUGGUGUGAGGCUCCAAGCAUGCUGGUGGAGCGGGCUUAUCCAGUUUCCAGUCUUGUUGAUGGAAAGAUAUAUGUAGCAGGAGGAUGUGACAUAUGGAUGGAGGUGGAGCAUGCUGGUGGAGCAUGCUGGAGCGGGCUUAUACAGGCUCAGCAGGUAGAGCGGGCUUAUCCAGGCUCCAAAUGGAUGGAGGUUUUCGAUUUGAAAAAGCAAACUUGGGAGUUUGUGUCGAGCCCUCUUGUAGAGAGAUGGGAUGGUGGUAUGAACAGGAGCGCAGUAAUUGACGGAGAAAUAUUUAUGUUUGGGAAUAAGGGUUUGGUUGGUGUGGCUUACAAGCCAAAAGAAGAUAAAUGGCAAGGCAUAGGUGCUAUGACUAAUUUGGCUUUAGGAUGGGGAUACUUUUCUCAUUGCGUGGUAGAUAACGUUCUAUAUUCUUAUAGUAAUCAAGAUGGAAUCAAAUGGUACGACCCUAAGAUAGGUGACUGGUCAAAUUUGAAGGGUUUGGUAGGUCUACCCAAGUUUGCUGAUUAUAGUCGUGUUAAAUUGGUGGAUUAUGGUGGAAAGAUGGUGAUUCUGUGGGACAAGUCUGUUCCUUGUAGUGGCUAUACGGACAAGAUGAUUUGGUGUGCGGCAAUUGUGCUUGAAAGACCAAACAAUCAAGAGAUUUGGGGGAAGGUUGAGUGGCUUGAUGCUGUGCUUCAAGUCCCCAAGAAAUAUCAAUUCGUGUGUGCUCUUUCUGCUACUCUGUGAUGAAUCGACUCAGUUUGUGAAUCUUGAAUAUGGCGCAGGUAGAAAGAUUAGUUUUUAGGUUGCGUCGGGCAGCAUGAAUGUUUCGUGUUGUGAGACUAUAAACCAAAUUUCUUACAAGUUACUUACUGCUUUGGUUACAUUCUUAGGAAGAUCUGUUAGACUCUUUGAAGAGAGUUUGGUAAGGCUUUGCUUGCCUCUUACGAUCCUCCUAUAAACAAAUUGAGUAUGGCUUUUUGUGUUUUCAUUUACCAUCAUAGGUAAGAAAGAUGAACGCUUAUUACAGCUUUUGAUCUAACACAGAAGCAUUCAGACGGAA